AUGGCUCCGCGGGGCUUCGCUAAGUCUUGCGCGAAGAGAUCGGCCCGAAUACCUCUGACGUACGGAACUACAUCCACACAGCAGCUCUGCGCGAGACACCUCGAUGACAGAGUCGUUACUUUCGCAGUUGUGGUGCGUAUCGUGCGGCUUUUCUUGUUUCGAAGUCCUUUUGUCCGCACGAAUCUGAACCAUGAUCGCGCCUCCCUCCUGAGUUUCUCGCCUCAGCCCACCCACCAACCCAACAUCUACCACCAGCUCCGCAAAAUCGACUCCGUGUUGCCACGACGCGCGAACAGCAAAUUUCUUGCGCCCCUCACUUGUGACUCUAGGUCUGCAGCUCCAUACUCGACGAGCCUCGACAAGGCCUCGAGCGUCUCCGAAGGGCACCUUCAUCGCACGCAACCCGUCUGCCGAACACCCCCCCAGAACCUCUGA